UGAAACGAUUGCUGAGCCAUCGGUAGUAUGACUGGAUGUGGACCGGUCUGCACCUGAUCACUAUGAAGUCGCGGAUAGCGAACCCAGUAUGGGUGGAAGUGCUCAAUCAUGACGAAGGCCAGACACCGCUGGCUCUACAAUGAGGCUACGUUGUUACUUGGUAAUGUUGUGACGGUCAUAUAUAUGAGUCCUGCCCUGCCUAUGCAAGAGCAGAAUCAUGCUCGACACUCACCGCGCUACAGUUUACAGCGAUCACUCUUACAUCAUAUCGAAUUCUGGGAAGAUACCGCCCCUCAUCCUCCUGAUCUAGCAUUCUGCUUCAGCAUGUUGUUCUCAUUUGUGCUUUUCGCCCUCGCUGGGCUCUUUCAGGCUGUGAUCUGUGUGUCAUGGCCACCGUCACUACAGCUCAAUCCCGUGCCGAGCAGAAGUACCGAGAAACCCGUCUUUCAGUUUACUGUUUCCUGGGACGCGGCAGCACACGGAGGCCAUCCUCCUACAAUUGAACAAGGACAGGCUCUUUCGAAGGCUGUCUUUGAGGGAUUAAAAACCGUCCACAUGUCUGGAGCAAAAAGGUGGAAGCACAUACGGACAAACAGGGCAACAAGAUCCCAGCAAAAGGCAACAACCUCGUUGUAUGCUGUCUAA